AUGGAGAAUGACAUCACAUCCGAAAAUAUAACUAGAUACGGCAAACACUUACAAGUUUCAGCCGGUACAGGAGACAGCACCAUAAAUAUGUCGCCUUUUAUCGUAUUACAGCUAAGUAUGCAGACGAGCAAGCAGGGCAGAGCCCCGCAGUCCCCUGUAGACAAGCUCCGACCUUACACUAGUUACAAUCUACAUCAGUCUGCACGUACAUCAUCGAAUGCUACCGAGCUGCUACGCUCAGCUACUGCAAUUCAUCUAAAUUAUCAGACUGUCGUCUUUGAAGACAAUAACAAUAAUGAAGUGUCUGUUGUUGUUUCAUUACAAUUGUAUUUAUUAAAAAAAUACGAGAUGAAACUCGGGCGGUCAGUGGCGGGCGCUGAGACACUGGUAGCCGUACUUGAUGAGGUAGUGCACGCGCGCGUCGCCGGCCAGCUCGGGCGGUCAGUGGCGGGCGCUGAGACACUGGUAGCCGUACUUGAUGAGGUAGUGCACGCGCGCGUCGCCGGCCAGCUCGGGCGGUCAGUGGCGGGCGCUGAGACACUGGUAGCCGUACUUGAUGAGGUAGUGCACGCGCGCGUCGCCGGCCAGCUCGGGCGGUCAGUGGCGGGCGCUGAGACACUGGUAGCCGUACUUGAUGAGGUAGUGCACGCGCGCGUCGCCGGCCAGCUCGGGCGGUCAGUGGCGGGCGCUGAGACACUGGUAGCCGUACUUGAUGAGGUAGUGCACGCGCGCGUCGCCGGCCAGCUCGGGCGGUCAGUGGCGGGCGCUGAGACACUGGUAGCCGUACUUGAUGAGGUAGUGCACGCGCGCGUCGCCGGCCAGCUCGGGCGGUCAGUGGCGGGCUGA